CACAUUAAGAUGGCAGACCAGAGGCAGCGGUCACUCUCUACCUCUGGAGAAUCAUUGUACCAUGUCCUAGGGUUGGACAAGAAUGCGACCUCAGAUGACAUUAAAAAGUCGUAUAGGAAACUUGCAUUGAAAUAUCAUCCGGACAAGAAUCCAGAUAAUCCAGAAGCUGCAGACAAAUUUAAAGAGAUCAACAAUGCUCAUGCCAUAUUGACUGAUGCCACAAAACGAAACAUAUAUGACAAGUAUGGCUCAUUGGGGCUUUACGUAGCAGAACAGUUUGGAGAGGAGAAUGUGAAUACUUACUUUGUGCUAUCCAGCUGGUGGGCAAAGGCUCUCUUUGUGUUCUGUGGGCUCAUCACGGGCUGCUAUUGCUGCUGCUGCCUGUGCUGCUGCUUUAACUGCUGCUGUGGAAAGUGUAAACCUAAACCUCCUGAAGGUGAUGACCAGGAAUACUACGUUUCUCCAGAGGACUUGGAGGCGCAGUUACAAUCGGAUGAGAAGGAGGCCGCGGACACACCUAUUGUGAUACAGCCAGCAUCAGCCACAGAGACAACUCAGCUCACAGCCGAUUCCCACCCCAGCUACCAUACCGAUGGAUUUAACUAAAUUUUAAAAAUGCUGUAACUAGAAUGGAUAAAUCAGUACCUGGCCAAUUCAACAUUAGAAUCAUGAACAGUAGAAAUAGUGAAUGGGGAGGGAGUAACUCCUGUCACAAUGGAAGGGCAGCCGCUGACCUGCCGAGAAUAUUUUGUAAUCUCUUCAGCCUUUUCUGUUACCUUCAAUGUCGUAUCUUGAUGAUACAUGAAGUGCUGUAGCAUGCAGUAUUUAAAGCAGUUUAGCUACGGUCUUCCUUGUUUCUUUUUUUUAUAUAGCAUGUUUGGGAUUACGUUCAAUGUAUGUCCGUGUUGUAAAUGUAUCGAGGAGUUACCACAUUAAGAGUAUGAUGGAGACAUUCUGCAGUCUCAGCAGGGGUACCAGCCUAAUUUUGUUUUUCCUCAGACCAAGAAGAUAAACAAAAAUCAAUGAGAAGCCAUCUGCUUCCAUACGCUUGAACUGUGAUGACCUUAAAAAAGAAGGGAGUGGGUUCAUCAUUUUCUAGCAAAUGCAAGAGUACUUUCCCUCUCCCCAAACCUGUCUAACAAAGGGGCCAAAAUCAGAGACAUUUCCAGGUGGGGAUUUUCUGGUUGGCUCAAGUCUUUCCCAUUUUCCUCUUUACAUUUCUAUUUGUACUCUUCAGCCGCCCAAAUGAUGAACAGCUCCUGACCCUCAGAAAACUGCUAUAUUUUGAAGGACUCUUGGAACAUGUAAAAAUUACUCUUUAGAAAGCAUUGCCCAUUGUGUUCCUGUGAUGUAUUGUUUGCACAUGAUCUGUUCAGCCUUGUUUACUUCACACUAUAGUAGUUCUCCCCCCCACCCCCGCCCCCCAACCCCCCUCAGGUAAAUUUGUUGCAGAAACUGUAAAAAAAAAGAGUUCCUUUUUGGAUAUCAGAACCAAGUUAUGUGUGAGCAGUGUUUGAAACUGUGGUCUUCUGUAUUGGUAUUUGACUUUAGGGGCUUUUCUUUGAGUUAUUCCAAAAGCGUUUGCUCUAUAGUGUGACUAUCAGUGGUAUUUUUAGGGUUAUUUUUGUAUAACAGAUUCCACUAAAGGGAAUUUGAAAUUGGCAGGGAGAGAAGGGGUCAGAGUGCAUCACAGCAGUUACACACUAUACACCUACACUUGAAGUCGGAACUGCAGUCUGUAGUGAUUUCUGGUUUGGUUAAUUUGCUAAUUCCAUGCUGUCCUCUCAUAUUUCAUCUUUUCAUUUCAUGUUCCUCUGGUCAGCAUUCCCUGUUGCAAGCCUGGUUAGUAGGACUCUCUUCACCAGGUUUAAGGAAUCACUUUUGAGAAACACAAGGCACUUUGUUUGGAUCGCCAUUGGUGCUAGAAACUCUACCACAAGCCCCACUUGACACAGAUUCCUCAUUGAGGAUCCAAUUUACACUCUUCUUAGAUAUAGAAGAAUUACCAUCUGGAAAAUGUUCCCGGCCUACCGUUGCCCACAUUUAGUUGAUGUAAAAGGUCCAAGAAGAUGUGGUUUGUAAAUUUGCAUUGUUGAGCAGAAAUGAAACAAAACAUACCUAAAACCCGUUAUCCAGAGAGAGAACUCUUUGGGGGUAUCUGGGUAACUAUAGAAUGCACUAGUUCUUGGAUUACCAAAAAGCAAUGGAGGUGGCCAAUUUAUUGGAUAAAAUUGUAUUCCAGUUUGUCAAACUGGAUUUUUCAAUUGCAUUUUCAGCUCUCUUAAAAACUGCAUCCUAUGUUCAGCAAUCUUUUGGUCAUUCCAGUUCUGUUAAGCACUGAUGUUUCACUCUAGAAAAUCAACAAAUAAUAUUAGAUAGUUAUAGAUGGACUCUUCAGAUUAAUGUGUCAGGUCUUGAUUAAUAUGCUUUUAACCAAAUUCAUUUCAUUUGUUGUAUGUGCCCGGUUAACGGAAGCUGGGAGAGAAUAUUUUGUGUGUCUUUGCCAGUAGGUUCUCAUGGAAAUCUGUUCCAAAACCCUGGUGAAUCUGUGCAGUGAUCAGGUUGGGGGACUUGUCUUUCAAGAAACCAAGAGGUCAGAUACUUAUGUUGCUGUUUUGAUCAUAACAUUGACUCCUCCUGGGGAAAGUUAAUGUUGCAUUUUUCAUGGAAUUCUGAACCACAGUGCCAAGCAAGUUCUCCUGGAUCAUCCCGGAGGUAUGUUUCCCAAGACCAUUGAUUAGUUGGACUGAUUCUUUUUUCUCUUGGUCCAGAUCUCCUACUGAGAAGCACGAGGGAGUUUAAAGCAUCAGACAGGCCUCUGUCCUCCCAGGGAAAACAAGGGUGACAGCACCAGCUAUUGGACGUAAAUUUUACAGCACAAUUUCCCAAUAGAUGUGGCUAACAGCCUCACCUUUGGUUGAGAGGGGGUGAGAUUGGGGAGGUGGAGGAAAUUUUGAUUAUUUUAUAAUUCUUGCCAAAAUGUCAUACCUUAGCUAGUUUAAAACAUCUGACUGCAGCUCCGAAAGGUCCAGCUGAGAUCGAGAUGAUUUAUUCUUUGAAAACUUUUCAAGGAUAAAUGUUGUGUAGUGCUGGUUGACCCCGACAGCAUGCCGUCCCCCUGUGCGAAUUCCAACAAAUCAUGCUGAGGAGAUGUGCAAUAGGGAGACCUCAAUAGUAUAAAAAUUGGUAUAAGUACUUGGUAAUUGGUAAGAGCAUGCAUAAGCCUUCGUCACUAUAUUCAUCUUUGGAGUUGGUUUUGAAAGCGAAUCAAUCUCAGUGACCCUUCAUGCUGGUUGCACUAGUAUAACUUCAAUAGGAGGGCUUUGUUUUAACUAAACACUAAACAACAAGAAAUGUCUGCAUCCACUCUCUUGAGUCACCAGAAGUGUAUGCAGUCAUCUUUGUCCUCUAAAAGGCCAUCACUACAAUAGGUAGUUAGGGGCUAAUUUUAAAUCCAUACAGUUUAUUUCUGUUCUUUAAAAGAUGGAAAAUUCAUAAGGGAAUUUAAUUUUAGUCCACCCUAAAAAGAGGAAUAUGAUGGAAUGGCCCGGGAAGCUGCUGGGCUAUUUACUAACACAGGGGGAUGUUGCAGCUUCAGUUCCAUUAAAAUCCAUCGUAAUACUAUAUCAGAAAAAGUACACUGGAAGUGGUUUUCUUCCAGAGCUGCUCAGAACAAAAUUCAAAUUUUCAAUUUAAAAUUAAAUCUUGAAAAAGUAGAAGGAACUCUGAUGUAAUAAAUGGUUAUGAUCCUUCUACUGCUGCAGGAGAAAUACAGAUAUCAGGUCUUGGUAGUUAGAAGAAGAAAGUCAUUUUCAUUGAUUUUGUAGAAGACUAUAGUCUAUGUUACAAGUGGCUUUGCCACAGAGCACUUUCCCCUUCCCACUGAAUAGAACUUUGUAGUUCAUCUGUAAGGAUGGGGUGUUGGCUACAACUUUUAAUUUCUGGAUUUUCGAUUAGUGUCAGGGGGAUCCUAAUUUUUUUUUAACAUAGAUAAGGUAAUUCAUUAGAACUUAAAGACUCAGAGGACCCUUUUCCUUGUGUGUCAAAGUAGGUUGCCAUAUUCAUUGUCCGGUUUUACAAAUACAAUUUUAAAAAUAUUAAAAUGUGUGGGAGGAUGGAGACGUGUAGAAUUUACGGCCAUUAAUUUUUUUUCACAUCAGAAUUUAGUAGAGGAAUAAUGGCUUCUGGGCCUUGAACCACAAUGUGCCAAGAUUCAGCCAUGGCCCUGGGCCCCAGAUUUACAAACGGUCAAUAUUUCUGUUAAAACUGGAAUUGUGGUCUGUGUCCUAAACUGGCAUGAAUUGCCAAGGCUGAGAAAUGCAACUGCUGGCAAACUCAAGGCCCCUGAUUGCUGUCUGAGGUGCAGAAUGUUUCCUUCCAAAACUUGAAGCUUUAAUUUAAACAAGAAGCAGCCUUUUCUCUUGUGCUUUGUUAGCAUCAACCCUGAGCUUUGCGUUGUAUUAAAGUUCACCACCUUGUAUUUGCAGUCUAUUUACAGGGGGUGUGGGUUUUGGAGUGUCAACUUGAAAAAAUACUUAAAAACCCGAAUCUUAAAAGCCGCUAAAUAAAAAUUGUUAGCAAGGUGAGGACCCGUGAAUAUAUGCAAAUUUAAUCCCUCUAGUGCUUAAAAUGGUGGGAUUUUGAGACUACAUCUUGGGGCCGACCAUGCUUGCUAGUCUUUUAGAAGAGAAGCACUGCAUUCUCUAACUCCACUCUGCUGCUUAAUAUCAGUCAAUGCUUUAACAAAAAAAAAAAGGCCAUUUUUGCUAGUGACCAAACUUCAGUUGAGGCAGCUGAUGUUCCAUUCUUGAGGAUGUGGAAGCCCCACUGAUUCUGGCCCAUAAAGCCAGGAGUAGUUUUCCUUGAAGUGCACUAAGUGGCUUGCACCUGUGUUAGAAAUUGGUUUUAUUUUUUGUUGGUUAACUGUGUAGAAAAUGGUUUAACUGAAUUUGUAUAUAGACUUGUUUGUGUAAGCGUCUUGAUGACGAAGUCUAAUAUUAUGUAGAUUUCUAUUUCCACACAGUGAUGUUUUAGAUCCAUAUUCUCUUUUUAGUCUUAUUUUUAGCUUUGUAAUGUUUAUAAACUGCUUUAGAUAUUAGUGCUCAUAGUGUUCUUUAACCUUUCUGAAGCUCUCUGAAUUGGACCCAAUCAGCAGUACAAGUCAAACCUAUUUAGGAAAAAUGUUGCAGAACAAGGCUUGAGGGAAGAAGCUCUUCGUCGUAAAACGGAGGUGGGGUUGACAAUAAUGUUAAACGUCCUAUUUAAUGAAAGGUGCCCUUACCCCUAACCAGAUCAUGUUAUAAAGCCCAUCUGGUGAUUUAUACUUCCGUUCUGAGUUCAAUCGCUUUUUACCCCUCAGCCUCCCUCCUUUUCCUCAUCUGCGCCUCCCCCUCAUAUCCUUUGCCCAUUGCACAGUGAUUGGCUCAGCACGUUCGUUGACCAACUCCACUUUCAACCUCCAGUUUGUUGCUAAACAGGACAGUGAUGCCUUAUGGCAGUGAAGCCACUGCUUUGUGAAGCCUCUCUUCUGUGAGAUUGCAAAUCCGACUCCAUCCCUAAAGCAGAGCUCUGCCCGGAGACUGGUGUGCAAUCUUUAGAAAGCACGCCAUUAAACUGAAGAAAUUAAGCCCUACAGGGAUUUCUCGAGAAGGAGAGGUCGGCUGUCUCAGCAAAAUUGCUUCAAUUCUGGGAGGGCUGCCCGGGAAAUUUCACAGACAGUGAUUCAUACAAAACUACUGGUACAUAGGCAGAUAGUCUGUCCGAAAUGGGGGUGGAGGAAAGGGGCUGAAACGACUCGAUGGCACUUGUCCCUGCAAGACAAUCUUGGAAAAUGCCCCCCUGCGUGAUUUAGGAUUUAUUAUGUAACCUUUAAAGGUGGGGGAAUUGAAUUCUCUGGGGAUUUUUAGUCUGUGAAAAGGAGGGUGAUGACCCAAAAGACAAGCUGGCUUUUCUUCACUGUUUCACCCCCCAGCAUGAAGUGAUUUUGUUGUAGCAUUUGUCAUCCUUGUGCAUUCAGCCGUUGGUGUAUAUGUGGCCAAUUCUGAAUCCUCUCAGCUGCCAUCAGACGGUCACUAAAGAUUGUCCAGAGAGUUGGUGUGUUCUAGCCUAACUCUCUUUUUAAACAAAAGAAAUAGAAGGCGACCAUUGGAAGGAGGUUUGGAGGGAGAGAGUUGGGAAUCCCUGGAAUGAGUGAGUUGUGAGCCAAUGUGAAGGAGGUACUUUUGCUGAUCCUUCUAAUAUUUAGAGGUACGAAUGCAUAAAUACAGAUCUCUGGGGGAAUUUUUGUUUAAAUCUGGCACCUGUGGGAUUGGCAGUAUGAGUUCUUUCCCUGUCAGUUGCAAAGGAAAGUUCAAAACACAUGCUGUAGGUGUGGAAUUGUGGUAUUGUGUAUCUGUGUUGUGUGUACAAAUGUGUAAUAUGAUAUAUUUAUACAACAGGUGUGGCAUUUCUGCUGGGGAAAUUUGGCUCCCAAAACUACUCCUUUGAACCCUUAACUUGAAAGUAGAGUCAGUCAGUUGUAUUUAUUGACUGCUUAUGGUGUGCAGCGCUCUGUACUAAGCACUUGGGGAGAGUACAAUACAACAAUAAGGGAAUGGCAUUUUGGGUCCCAGGCCUAAGCUUUCUUCUGCCAGCUGCAGAAGGGCAAAAAAGGGAAAACUAGAUUAAAAUAUUUUUAAAAAGAUCCAUAGCCUGUUGUGUAAAUGAAAUGUGGUUGAAUGAGAGAUCAUUCUAUCACCAAGGUAAAAUCCCAUUUUCAACUUGCUUGUGGAGUCCCUGGAGAUCUCGCUGUGAUUAGAAUAAAUGCAUCUUGAACAUGAACUGUUCAGUCCCGUUUUCUGUUGCCUAGCCCAAAUGCGCUAUUUCCUCAUAAGAAAGAGGUAUUUGAGAUGAGAGUGGGACAGGCCCAGCUGCAAAGUACAAACCAGAAAUGAAGCAUCCCACAUUGGUGACUGUCCCUCGAAAACCAUCCAUUUCCUGCUCAGUUUUGGUGGAGAGCACAAACCAACCCCCACCUUCCCGGGUCUGGUGGCCUUGCCUCAAUUAAACGGCACAAAACACAGAGCAUUUCCUCGUGAGUUACCAGCAUGACAGAACACGAAAGCCUCAGCAGUGGUUGGAAGCCUUUUCCUUUAAUAUUGAAACCCAUUUUCGGACUGUCAGGCUAAAUAGAGAAGCCCUGAAACUUGCCACUUGACAACAAAAUUUUAGGUGUUGACAUUCUUUUAUUUGAUGCUUUUGUCCCACGUAAGCCACCGACAGUCCUGUCUCCUCUUGCCCUGUCCCCCUUUUGGGAUGGGGAAAGAGAAAAGGGCUUGGAUUUCCAUCAUCCCAUAACUAUCUGAAACAGGAGUAGUAGUUUGGGGGCAGGGCGGGCGUUGCACGGAAGCGCAGCCCUGAGAGAAGCGAUUCAAGGUGGACUUUAUGGGGAAGAUGUAAUGAGAAUGAAUUUUGCAUUGUAUUUCAACUCUGGGGAAAGGGAAAAACUUAUGUUAAAAAAUAGCAAUGUAAAAACAAUCUAAGAAUAAACGCAUCUGAAAAGCGAUUAUAUAUAUUAUAGACAUAUAUAUUUUGUUAUGUUACUAAAGGACCAUAGUUUGAGUUGUAUGUAAGUAGAUGUGGCAGUUAGAACCUCGUGGAUUGAACACUUGAUACUACUGAGCUCCUGUACAUACAUAAGGUUAAAGCCGAAGGAAUUAUUUUAUGAUUUAGCAUGGUAAUUUAUGUAUUGUAUGUCUGAAUAUAAAACUAAAAUAAAGAUUGCUAAAUUAUCUGAAACCACUGUUGUAAAAUAAAUGUUUUCAAUGCA